AUGUUGACGAUCAAGAGGGCCGCCACGGUGGUGUCGAAUUAUCAGGAGGAGGGUGGCGAGAAGGAUAAUGCUGCCGUUGCUGUUGAAGGGGAAGCCAAGGGAUGUGGUCGUAAUUGCCUCGGAAAGUGCUGUUUGCCUGACCUUCCUCUGUACACGUUCAAGGGAGAAGAUUGCGCUGAAGAAUCCAUCUUCUAUCAAAAACCACCUGAGACUUCUUUCCUGCUCAAUCUCUUACUUGGACAGUGGAAGAAUCGGAUGAAUCGAGGUCUAUUUCGCUACGAUGUAACUACAUGCAAGACAAAGGUUAUUCCUAGCGACUAUGGUUUCAUUGUGCAGCUGAACGAGGGGCGCCACCUCAAAAAACGCCCAACUGAGUUCCGUGUAGAUCAAGUUCUCCAGGAUUUCGAUGAGAAGAAGUUCAAUUUCACCAAAGUGGGCCACGAGGAAGUGCUUUUUAUGUUUGAACAAAGUGAUGACUGCUACAGUCACUUCUUCCCCAGUGCACCCGCCAUUUUCAAGCCUACUUCUCCUAAUGUUGUAGCUAUCAACGUAAGUCCGUUGCUUCCUUAA